AUGCCCGACAAAGACAGGGCCUCGCCCUCCCAUCCCCACAACGGUCAGCCCGCUUCCUCAGACUCGGCAAAGGCCCCCGAGAAUACGUCAAACAAGCCCCCCUCGUUUGGCAACAUGUCCGUUCCACCACUCGCUCCACUCGAGUAUCUCCAGAGUCAGCGCAGAGGCUCUAUCACAGACCCUUCUCUUCACCUUUCGCGCUCGAACCCAUCCUCUACUGCCCCAAACCAGUAUGAUCCUUUCCGAGCUUUUAUGCGUAUUCCCUUACCGAACAGCUCCUCACGGAGAGAACCUUCUGAUCCAGCUGGCAGCUCCUCCAAUACUCCCGUCCAUCACUCAACAGAAGACCACAUGAAUGUCGAUCCUCGACCGCCGAACGUUGGGCAAGGGCCGGGAGAAGGCUCUGCGAGUCAGGAGAACGGUCCCGGUGAGUUGCCUUGCACUGGAUCGCCUUUUGCUGAGAUUGGAGUCCUCACCGAGAUGUGGCUCCAACCAGCGAUCGGUCAAGGUGGCCAUCCUCAUGCCCGUGAGCCUGGGUCGCCCCGUUCACAACCGCACGGUCUCAAACGCAAAAUGUCGCAUGACAGAGGCGUGUCGAUGACUUCACCAGAAGACAUUGACCCACAACUCGUUGGGCCUGGCGUUCCAAGCAUGAACGCACCGCUCGACGGACCAGCUGCCAAACGACGAGGCUCCACAAUAGACUCCCGAGGCGUCGCCCAAUUGAGCAUCUACGACCGUCGCCAUUCUAUGGACGCCCGUGCAGCACAAGGUGCUCCUCCUCCUCCGCAAUGGUGGGGAGGCGAACGCAGAGAUUCUAGCUCAUCCAUGUUCUCUAGUCCCUCUAUGAGUUAUGGCUCUCCUGCCUUCUCCACGGAAUCUCCACACGGUCGAACACCUGGUGGACCUUCGUCUUUCGCGUGGCACCCUUCUUCCGAUCAACAACCACCUAUGCCUGGCGAGGUAGACGCGUCAGGGCGACCAUUUGACCCAAAUACCAUGCCUCCCAUCGGAAUGGUCCCCUCGUUAGCUUUUAACGCCGACCGUCGAAUGUCUGUGCCGACCAACCUCCCAUCGUCAAUGCCACCCAACUCUACCACAGCUCGUGUGCUGCGCUCGAGGUCAAGGCCGCCUUCGCGAGGUGCCAAGGCAGGAGACGGUGCUGCGGGGACAGGGGACACGGAUGUAGGCGAGGGAGAGUCCGCUUCGUCUUCCAAUGCGAACCCAUUGUCAUCUGGGAAGGACCAAGGAAACACACCGUACUCGCGAUCCCCAGAGCUACGAGUCUCACAUAAACUAGCAGAGAGGAAGAGGAGAAAGGAGAUGAAGGAUUUGUUUGACGAACUGAGGGAUCAGUUACCGGCAGAUCGCGGGAUGAAGGCCACUAUCGACUUCAUCGUCCAGCUCAAACACAGCCAUCAAGACAUGAAUCGGGAAAUCGAAAUGCUACGUCACGAGCUGGACAGCAUCCGUCAGGGCGUACCACCCCCUCCCUUUGGCCCAGGUGGUCCUCAUCCAGUCAUGUACGGUCAGGGCCCACCUCCACCUGGCAUGGUUCCGGGCCAUUUCCCUCCUCCACCCGGCUCGUCCAUCCCGCCACCGCAAAGUGGCCCUCCGCCUCCCUCUCAUCAACCACCUCUGCAGCAGCAGCAGCAGCAACAGCCGAACUCAAGACCGGGUUCCUCUCAGAACGUCUUCCCUCCAGGUGCAGGACAGGGACCGGUGCUCGGUCAGUCGCACAACGGAAACACGAACAAGACUGCGGAGUCGACUGUGGUCUAA